AUGGGUCCAACAUCAAUCGCUAACCUGAAAAGAAAAGAUCUCUUCCAGACAAAAGGUUACAUAAACGCGCAAUGGAUACACAGUCAAUCAGGCAAGACAUUCGAUGUGAUCAACCCUGCUACGCUCGAAAAAAUCGCCACAGUGCCUGAAAUGGGCGCCGCGGAAACAGCGCAAGCCGUCGAAGCAGCCCAUGUCUCCUUUCAAUCCUUCAAAAAGACUACAGCCCGCGAACGGGCACGCCUGCUUCGCAAGUGGAAUGAUCUCAUCCUCGAGAACAUUGAUGAUCUUGCGCUCAUCUUGACCUUGGAGAAUGGCAAGCCACUGGCUGAGGCAAAGGGUGAAGUUGCCUACGCGGCGUCAUUUUUGGAGUGGUUUGCAGGCGAGGCCGAGAGGACGCAUGGUGAGGUUGUGCCGGUUGCUAAUCCGAAGCAGAGGAUUUUGACCUUUAAGCAGCCAUUGGGGGUGGCCGCGUGUUUGGCGCCGUGGAAUUUCCCCAUUGCUAUGAUUACGAGGAAGGUUGGGGCAGCGCUUGCAGCGGGCUGUACAACGGUUUGGAAACCUGCGGGCGAAACUCCUCUUAGUUGUCUCGCUCAGGCUGUGUUAGCUGAGCAGGCGGGCUUCCCGAUGGGAGCUAUCAACGUCGUCACCACGCUUGAUCUUGUGGCCGAGGUGGGGAUGGAGCUGUGCACGAAUAAGUUUGUUAAGAAAUUGAGCUUCACUGGAAGCACGAGGGUGGGGAAGUUGUUGGCUGAGCAGUGUGCUGGGAGUUUGAAGAAAUUAAGUCUCGAGCUCGGAGGAAAUAGUCCAUUCAUCGUAUUUGAUGAUGCAAAAAUCGAGACAGCGGUUGAAGCGUGCAUCCUAGCUAAAUUUAGGAACUCGGGCCAAACUUGCGUCACUGCGAAUCGCAUCAUGGUGCAAGCGGGCAUCUAUGACCAAUUUGCAGAAGCGCUGGCUAAGAGAAUCCAACAAUUGAAAGUCGGCGAUGGAACUGAGGAGGGUGUCUUUAUUGGGCCCUUGACCCACGAACGAGCCGUCGACAAGGCCAUGUGCCAUAUCAACGAUGCAAAGGCGCAUGGCGGCCAAAUCAUGCUCGGCGGGUCGCCGCUGGAUCUGAAUGGCAAGAAAGGAUACUUCCUCCAGCCUACUGUUAUCAAAAACAUGAGUCGGGAGAUGUUGACGACGCGCGAAGAGACGUUUGCGCCCGUGGUGGGAUUGUACAGGUUCAACACCGAAGAAGAGGCUAUCGAGCUGGCAAACGACUGCGAGGUCGGUCUUGGAGGGUUCAUCAUCACGGAGAGCAUUCCUCGGUCGUGGCGGGUAACUGAAGCAUUGGAGGUCGGCAUGGUCGGUGUCAAUCUUGGACUUCUCAGUGCUUGCGAGAGUCCGUUUGGAGGGAUCAAGGAGAGCGGAUAUGGCCGGGAAGGCGGGCGGCAAGGUAUUCAGGAGUAUUUAGCGUUGAAAUCGAUGCUUAUAAAUGUCGAUAAUUAG